GAUGGAUGUUUGGUUGGUCAAUUUGACAAUUUAAAUAGGUAACUAUGUUAGCCAACAAUAAAGAUCUACUUCCCUAUCUGGGUCUUGCUUUAUCCAUCCAUCCAUCCAUCCUCUAUACACCACUUUAUAAUCUCUAGGGUCACGGGGGGUGCUGGAGCCUAUCCCAGCUGACUUGGGCGAAGGCAGGGGUCUUGCUUUAUUUUAUCAUAUAAUUGCUAUAAGUACCUUAAGGCAUCAUUGCAUUUAAUAGAUUAGAAUUAUACAUACAUAAAAAAGUCCCAAUUAACAUUUUGUUGGUAAUAUAAAUACAAAAAAAAUCUUUACUUUUUUGCCAAUCAAAGACAACAUUAGCCAUCUUGUAGAAACAGAUCCAAGAUUAUAAUGAAUUAAUUGCCCAGCAAUUCAUCACAAACUGAAAAUAUAAAGUCAAUUUAGAAUUUUAUCUGUUUGAUGCUUUUUAGGUCUAACUCAUUAAUUUAUAGAUAACAUCAAGAAACAGUGUAUACGCUGGGGUUUUACUGUGUCACCAUAGGUCCUUGAGACAGCAGCCAAUGUUUUCAGACAUGAGAAAACUGAUAGACACUUGUUUGAUUGCAGGGGACUUUGAUGUCAUCCAUCAAUUACAAGAUUGUACUCCUGUUUACUCAAGUGAGUGCAGCUGCUCUGAAUUGAAAUACAGCCCGAAAAAGAUAUAAAACCCUGAGAUGGGUCCAUCAGAAUCCACAAUUGCAGUUCCUUUUGAUUCAUUUUUAUGUUCAUUUUCAAUUGAAGCAGUUUGUCUGGGAGACCUCUGUCCUACAUGUAUUUGUACACAUCAGUCCAGCAUGUCGGCCCCAAAGUGACUGUUCCCAAUGAAAAGCAUUAACAGGGCUGAUUUCCCAUCUAAGACUCUUAACAUAGUUUGAGGAUCAGGAUUACAAGAAAUACUAAUUCUGCUUCCAGCAUUUGAGCAAUUCAUGCCUGGAGGCUCUGUAUUUGCUGGUAAUUGAUGUAGGGUCUAGUUCAAUACAGCAAAAGAAAGAAACCGGCAAGCUACACUGGAGACCACUUUCCAAAAUACUGAAACAAAAUGACUUCUCAUAUUUUUGGUUGAAAUAGUUUAUCACUCAUUUAAAUGGCAUUUCUACAACCUUUUUGAACUGUAUUGUCAGCAGCACUCCCACAAUAGUCCACACAGAGCAGUUUUCAAAGACAGAAAAGGUGGUCCAGUUUCAGAAUAAACUGCAGAAUGAACUCAACAUGUCAGUUGCAAUGAAGAAACAUCAAGAAUCCAGAAUCUUUAUUGUCAUUGUGUUUCCACGCAGCGAAAUUAUGGUUGGUGACUCCCAGCUAUAGACAAAAAUAGAAAAUGGCACACUAUAUACAAAUAAAAUGAAAUAACUUUGUCUUUUUUCCCUUUAAAUCCUCAAAAAUAUAAUAUGUAAAUAGAGUUAGUGCCCAUGAGCAGUAGGAUGCACACUACCAUUCAAAAGACUGAGGUCACUUACAAAUGUUCUUAUUUUUGAGAGUAAAGCCAUUUUUUUCAAUGAAUGAACAUAAUAUUAAAAGAAUCAGAAAUCCAGUCUAGACAUUGUUAAUGUGUUUAAUGACUAUUCUUGCUGGAAACGGCUGAUUUUUAAUGGAAUAGCUACAUAGGGGUACAGAGGAACAUUUCAAGCAACCAUCACUCCUGUGUUCUAAAACUACAUUGUGUUAGCUAAUGGUGUUGAAAGGCUAAUGGAUGAUUAGAAAACUCUUGUGCAAUUAUGUUAGCACAUGAAUAAAAUGUGAUUUUUCAUAGAAAACAUGAUGUUGUCUGUGUGACCCCAAACUUUUGAGCAGCAGUGUAUGUUUCAAAUGUCACAGUAUAGUUGUUUAUGUGUGUUUGAAAUCUCGUUUUCUUCAACUGACAUGCAUUUAAAUGUUCUCUGAACAAUAUUUUUGGAUUUUCAUUGCUUGGAUCUUCUGUUUAAGUUAAGAUGUAAAAAUGGCAGUGACACACCUUGCACAAACAAGUGCAUAGACAGGCAAACAGACAACCAAAAAAUAUCUGACAUGUCCUUUCUCGCCUUUCUCUGUGCUUCUUGUUUAGACUUUACUGCAUGGGUUAUUUGUACUGAAACCAAUAGAAGAGUGCAUUGUUGCAAACCUCUUUUUAAACCAAUAAAUUAAAACACACACGCACACUCCCUGAAGUGCGUUCAAGUCCAGUGUUACCUCUUGUUACCUUUUAUGAAGUCUAGAUAAGUUCCUCCAACCCAAGCAAUGUAGUACAUGUAUACAUUGAAGGGUUUCAUGGUCAAUAGCUUUGUUUACUGUCACAGCUGUUUGAUGAAAGUGUACUUAUCCAUCACAUGAUACCUCAAUGGAGAAAACUGAUUCUUUCCAAGUUUCCUACAACAACCAGAGUGAUACAAGAAGGAGUCCUGCAAUGGGUGAUGUGGCCCCCAUAGAAGCAUGGCUUUGACAUGGAGACAGUCUAGGAUUAUGUAAAGAGACAGAAGACACUAAGAAUCCUUCUGAUCAGUCUGGAAGAACUGUUGAAAUUUCUUCAAGAUGCUGAGCAACCUACCUGCCAAGUUUCUUAAGAAAUUCUGUGUAAGUUUAUUGAAGAGAACUGGAUGCUGCUCUGAGCAAAUACUACUGAUUGAUUUACUUUUUUUCUGUUUACUCUAAACCUGUAAACUGAGGGUUUUAAUUUUUUUGAAUGAAAAGUAGUCAAGCUUGGGCGGAAGUCACUUAGAAAGAGCAGUUAGAGAACGAAAGAGAGAAAAAGGUGUGUGUGUGUGUGUGUGUGUCUGAGAGAGAGGGAGAGAGAGAGAGAGAGAGAAGUGUGUGUGUGUGUGUGUGUGUGUGAGAGAGAGAGAGAGAGAGAGAGAGAGAGAUGCAGAUGGACCUACAGUAGUUAUGGCUCCUGAACUGCUCGAAUUUCAGUGAGAAAAAUCCUUGAAAGGAAGGAAGGAAGGACCGUAUAUUAACGUCUAUCCGAGGCAGCGUUACUUCAUCCUGCAUGGAUCUUCCACGUCAAUCAAAGAUGGUCCUGAUGAGAGUGAUGCUGUCCACGUUGCUCUGCCUGCUGCUGGCUUCCGCCUCCUGGGGCUGUGGACCGGGCAGGGGAUACGGGAAGCGGAGGCACCCUAAGAAGCUGACACCACUGGCUCUGAAACAAUUCAUCCCCAACGUGGCUGAGAAAACCCUGGGAGCCAGCGGCAAGUACGAAGGAAAGAUCACCCGCAACUCGGAAAGGUUCAAGGACCUGACUCCCAACUAUAACCCUGAUAUUAUUUUUAAAGAUGAGGAGAACACCAACGCAGAUCGGCUCAUGACACAAAGGUGUAAGGACAAACUGAACUCGUUGGCUAUUUCAGUCAUGAAUCAGUGGCCUGGAAUUAAGCUUCGGGUCACAGAAGGUUGGGAUGAGGAUGGCCAUCAUUCUGAAGAGUCUCUUCACUAUGAAGGCCGUGCGGUCGAUAUCACCACCUCAGACAGGGAUAAGAGCAAGUAUGGCAUGCUGUCCAGGCUGGCUGCGGAAGCAGGCUUUGACUGGGUCUACUAUGAGUCCAAAGCCCACAUCCAUUGUUCUGUGAAAGCAGGUGGAAACUCUAUGGCUGCUAAGUCUGGAGGAUUCCCUGGUUCUUCUACGGUGAUCCUAGCAGAAGGAAACACUAAACAACUGAAGGACCUCCAGGUGGGGGACAAGGUGCUGGCCGCUGAUCAAAGAGGAAACGUGGUUCCCAGUGACUUCCUUAUGUUCUUAGACCGACCAACUGAUUCUAGAGAGUUCCAUGUCCUGGAGACGGAUGAGCCAUGUCAUAGGACUGAAAAUGACUCCAGCUCACCUUGUUUUGUAAUGAACAACAGUACCAACAGCAACAGGAUUCGUGCUGUGUUCGCGAGUAAUGUAAAAUAGGACAGUGGCUCUUGUUGUUGGGAAUGACCAGUCAGAAUACCUCAUCCUGCAAGAGUAACGAGAGUUUAUGUGGAGAAAUAUGAAGGGUCUUAUGCACCCUAGACAUCUCGAACCAUCAUAGUUGACCGAGUUUUGGUGUCCUGUUAUGCAGUAGUUGAGGAUCAUGACCUUGCACACUGGGGUUUUCACACCAGUUAGACUGUGGCAUUCAUUCUUGUCACUAUUGGAUGGUAAAGAACUCAGCAGUGUGCACCAGCAGAUGGUGUCCACUGGUACCCAGAGCUUCUAUUAUGCGGGAAGUUGCUUCUGGAUAUGGAGCUCUUUUCACCCGCAAAGCUGAGAUAUACUAACAACAGAGACCUGGACUUCACCGUCGACAUCGACUUCAGGGGUCUGCUGUGUGAGAUGUUGAAGACAUCAGAGUACAGGAUGCGUUAG